CCGGAAACUCAUGACCGUCGGUUUGAGGAGUCCGUCCGGGUAGGGGCUUUUCUGGUUCAGGUUGUCUGAAGACAUCUCAGCAUGGAGGCCCCUCCUGUGACUGUGAUGCCAGUUAUCGGUGGAGCCAUCAACAUGAUGGAGUACAUUCUACAGGGAAGUGUGCUGGACCAGAGCUUGGAAAGCCUUCUCCAUCGCCUGCGUGGACUUUGUGACAACAUGGAGCCAGAGACGUUUGUCGAUCACGAGCUGGUCUUCCUGUUGAAAGCCCAGCAGGGAAGCCCGUUUAUCCUCAGGGCGCGGCGCUCCGUGGACAAGCCUAACGUGCCGUGGCUCCUCCGCUACCUCGGGCAGCCGGAGAUCGGUGACAAGAACAGGUCGGCCCUGGUGCGCAACUGCGUGGACAUCGCCACGUCGGAUAACCUGACAGAGUUCCUCACGGAGAUGGGCUUCCGGAUGGACCACGAGUUCGUGGUGAAGGGCCACAUCUUCCGCAAAGGGAUCAUGAAGAUCCUGGUGUCCAAGGUCUUUCGCAUCCUGCUGCCCAACAACCUGGAGAACAUCGAGCCCCUGUCGCUGUCCUACCUGGUGGAGCUGAAUGUGGUGGCUCCUCCCGGCCAGGACGCCGUUUCAGACGACAUGAAGAACUUUUCGGAGCAGCUCAAGCCUUUGGUUCAUCUGGAAAAGAUUGACCCAAAAAGAUUGCAUCAAGUGUAGUGAAACAUCCACGGUGUGUGGGUAAGAUUGUCCGUGGGACUGAGAACUGUGCCUGCUUCGUUCGCUGAACUGUACCGGGGGGUGGGGGGGGUGAUUGAUAAGUUCGUGGCCUAAGGUAGAAGGAGUCAAUUUUAGAAAACCUAGCACAUUUAUUUUUCAACAUAGUCCCCUCCUACAUGUACACACAUAGUCCAGUGGUCGUGGAGCAUACGGGUCCCUUCUUUGUAGAAGUGGUCCACAGCAGGGGUGAUUGAUAAGUUUGUGGCCUAAGGUAGAAGGAGAUGAGUUAUUAACUUCAAACCUUCUGCAUUAUCACUCAGAGUGCAUGUAAUGAGAGCAUCUUGGACCUCCAGGUGGUCCAUAGCAGGGGCGAUUGAUAAGCUCGUGGCCUAAGGUAGACGGAGAUGAGUUAUACAGCUCUCGUUACGUGCAGGUGCAGGUCAACUCUUUGAGUGAUUAUGCAGAAAGUUUGAAGUUAAUAAACUUAUCAGUCACCCUCGUAAACAGUUUUGUAAUAAACUCAGGAUUUCUUUUGCUGCUGCUUUUUCUUUUUAUUUAUUUAAGAACUUUGAACAAUAAUCAGGUUCAAAUUUCUUUGUCAGAUCUACAUUUUUACCCAGAGGAUGGGAAAUCGGUGCAGUUUAUUGCCGGAACUGGAGGCGGAGGCCAAGUCAAAGUUUACCACUCUGACUAAAAGAAUUCGUCCUCAUUUCUGUUCUAAAACGACAUCCCUUUAUUCUGAGAUUGCGUCCUGUGGUUUUAGACUCUCCCAGCACAGGAAACAUCCUCUCCACGUCCACUCUAUCAAGGCCUUUCACCAUUCGAUAGGUUUCAGUGAGUCACCCGUCAUUCUUCUGAAUUCUAGUGAAUACAGGCCCAGAGCCAUCAAACACUCUUCAUGUGACAAGCCGUUCAAUCCUGGAAUCGUUUUUGUGAACCUCCUUUGAACCCUGUCCAGUUUCAGCACAUCCUUUCUAAGUGCCCAAAUCUGCUCACAAUUCUCCACAUGAGGCCGCACCAGUGCUUUAUAAAGUUUCAACAUUACAUCCUUGCUUUUAUAUUCUAGUCCCUUUGAAAUGACUGACAGGGGACGAUGAGCUUGUCCAAAUCUAGACUUUUCAAUCUGUACAAAAAAGAAAUUGCAUUUGCCUUCCCCACCACAGACACAACUUGCAAAUUAUCCUUUAGGAAAUCCUGCACAAGCCCCUUGCACCCCAGUUUUUUGUAUUUUCUCUCCAUUUAGAAAAUAAUCAACUCUUUCAUUUCUUCUAUCAAAGUGCAUGACUAUACAUUUCCCAACACUGUAUUCCAUCUGCCUUUUCUUUGCCCAUUCUCCUAAUGUCUGUCCUUCUGUAACCUCCCUACUUCCUCAAAACUGCCUGUCUCUCCACCUAUCUUCAUGUCGUUGCAAACUUUGCAACAAAGCCAUCAAUUCCAUCACCCAAAUUAUUGACAUGAAAUGUAAAAAGAAUUGGUCUCAACCCAGACCCCUGUGGACUAGUACCUUUCCUGUACUCGUAGCUUGUUAAGCAGCCUCGUGUGGUCUGAAAAUCUAAGUACACAACUUCAGCCGAUUCUCCUUUCUCUGUCUUGCGUACUAUUUCAGUUAGGGGCUGAGGGAGGACCCUGACUGCAAGCUUUGUGGGCAGCGGGGUUCACUGGCACACAUACUGUCAGGAUGCAAAACAGUUUUAACACAAUGUUGGGUAUAGGUGGCACCACUCUUUUUGCAGUUGUCAUCCAGUCUUUCCUGGUUGUCAGGCAUCUUUACCUCUUGCCCGCUGGGGUCUGUGAGGAGGUAGCAUGGGGUUGGAGGUACGAGGUGGGGGGGGUGAGGAAAUCUUUGAUGAUGGGUGUUGUUUUCUUGAGUCAGCAUCCCUUAUAGAUAGUACUAUUGUUGGUUUCAUUAUUGAGGGAGAGUGCAGAGCACACCAGGACACCAGCAUGAAGAAUACUCAACUGAACUGUAUUGAUAAACCUGGACAAUAAAUAUUUUGCUUCAUGUUUAUUGUUAGAUGUAUCUUAUGGAUUUUGGGCUGGUGAUCAUGACAAUCACUAUGAAAUUUCCCUACAUGCACCAUUUUAAAAAAACAAUGAUAUUUGUUAUUUCAAUUCAUAAUCCAAGUCAGAAUAACUGAUGCCAAGGUUGAAGAAGGCAUUUUUGUUGGGUCAUCAAUGACAGGCAAUUCAAAUAACUUCUAGUGGGACAGGAGAAAAUCACAUGGAAGGCAUUCAAGGAUGUUGUGAAAUUUUCUUGCCAGCUACAGAGCACCAAACUACAUGCAGCUGGUUGACAACAUGCUUCAAACGUACAAAACCAUGAAGUGCAACAUGUCACUUCUUAGCCAUCCGUUAGUCUUGCGAGACCAUGGAUCUGCGCCUGGAAAGUCUUCACUCUCCAGGGCACAUGCCUGGGCAAGGUUGUAUGGAAGACCAGCAGUUGCCCAUGCUGCAAGUCUCCCCUCUUCAGGACACCGAUGUUGUCCAAGGGAAGGGCAUUAGGAUCCAUACAGCUUGGCACCGGUGUCGUCGCAGAGCAAUGUGUGAUUAAGUGCCUUGCUCAAAGACACAACACGCUGUCUUGGCUGGGGCUCGAACUCACGACCUUCGAAUGCCUUAACCACUUGGCCAUGUGUCCACACAACAUGUCACUAUAGCUUCAUUUUCUGCAUUCCCAUUUCGACUUCUUCCCUGCAAAUCUUGGUGUGGUCAGUGACGAGCAUGGAGAAAAGUUUCACCAGGACAUUGCGAUCAGGGAGAAACGGUAUCAGGGCAACUGGAAUCCAUCAAUGCUGGCUGAUUAUUGUUGGGCACUUCAGCAAGAAGCCUCAGACACUGAG